AUGCAAACGAUCAACAGCAUCUACGAGGUGAACACACCCAAGAUCCAACCAUCGCUAUUCCACGGACCUGCAGAUCCUCCAUUGGUGACAGUCACAUUGGGAGAGUUUCUCGAUAUUCAAUGCGAACGAUAUGGAGAGCGUGAAGCACUUGUGUUUCCCUGGACCGGAACACGAUGGACAUAUAACGACUUGAAAGAAGAGAGUUCAAAGCUCGCCAGAUAUCUCUACUCAAGAGGCAUUCGUCCAGGAGAUAGGAUAGCCAUUCUUGCUGGCAACAGAGUUGAAUAUGCUUCGGUCUUCUUCGCGUGUAUGCGUAUUGGCGCUGUGCUGGUCAUCUUGAACAAUACAUACACAACACCUGAGGCAGAGUAUGCUCUUAAAUAUACAGACUGCAAGAUCCUCUUCGCGACACCGACCAUUGGCAAACACAUUGACAAUGCGGCCAUGCUUAGGCAGUUCUCGAAUAGCUCAGAAAAGUUGCCAGCACUGCAGCAGAUUAUCAUUCUGGCAGACAAGCUCGACAAUUUACUGAACUAUCAAAACGCCAUCAAGAUCGGAUCACGACUGCCCAAUGAACCAGUCAAGCAAAUACAAGAUAGUCUCUCACCCUAUGAGACUUGCAACCUUCAAUUCACAAGUGGCUCGACUGGUCAUCCCAAAGCAGCCAUGCUUACACACCAUGGUCUGCUCAACAACUCCCGCUUCAUCGGUGAUCGUAUGAGUUUGACAGAAGAGGAUGUACUAUGUUGUCCACCGCCCAUGUUCCACUGCUUCGGUCUGGUACUAGGCAUGUUGGCUUGCUUGACACAUGGUGCAAAGAUUAUUUACCCCUCGGAGAUCUUUGAUGGACCGGCUGUAUUGCAGGCUGUCACUGAGGAGAAAUGUACCGCCAUCCACGGGGUGCCAGCCAUGUUUGACACGUUGUUCAGUCUACCACGACCCGCUGGUUUCAACUGCGAUAGACUCAGAACAGGAAUCAUUGCAGGUGCUCCCGUACCACGUCACUUGAUGGAACUGCUAGUCAACGAGUUCGGUAUGACAGAGUUCACAAGCAGCUAUGGUCUCACCGAGGCUUCGCCGACUUGUUUCAAUGCCUUUGUCGAUGACUCUAUUGAUCGUCGUCUCACCACAGUUGGCACCCUCAUGCCACACGCCCACGCCAAAAUCGUCGACAAGAACAAUAGAAUCGUCCCCGUCGGCACACGCGGCGAACUCUGCAUCGCGGGCUACCAACUCCAACAAGGCUACUUCCGCAAUCCUGCCAAGACGGCCGAGGCCAUGGAACGCGAUGCCGAUGGCGUGCUGUGGCUACACACAGGCGAUGAAGCAGUCUUUGACCGCCAUGGCUAUUGCUCCAUCACCGGCCGCUUCAAGGACAUCAUCAUCCGCGGCGGCGAAAACAUCUACCCGCUCGAGAUCGAAGAACGUCUGAUCAAACAUGAGGCAGUCGAGCGUGCCAUUGUCGUCGGCUUACCACAUUCUAAGUACGGCGAAGUGGUUGCUGCAUUCUUGCAGCGUGUUGCUGGCACGACCAAGCCCAGCGAUGAAGAUGUGCGUGAGUGGACUAGACAGACUCUGGGUAGACAUAAAGCUCCUGCUCAUGUCUUCUGGCUUGGUGAAAAUGGUGUCACGGAUCAGAUUCCUAUCACUGGCAGUGGCAAGAUCAAGAAGUUUGAGAUGCGGAAGAUUGGAGAGGAGCUGUUAGCUUCAAUGCCUAAAGCCAAGCUUUGA